GAGAGAGAGAGAGAGAGAGGAAAGGUCCUGUGCAGAAGGUCUUAGGAUUUCUCACCGUCCACGAUGCUGCGCUCCUUCGCCAGGCAGAUCCUUAGGAGGGACUUGGUGUCUUUCCCUCAGCUGCUCAGGAGGGCAGAGCUACACGUAGGGGUCAUUGGAGCACCUUUCAACAAGGGCCAGCGUCGAAUGGGUGUAAAGGAUGGCCCGUCCGUGAUCAAGGACACCGGGUUCCUAGACGACCUGCGCAAUCUCGGAGUGGACGUGACUGACUAUGGAUCCGUGAAACUGCCUCACCCGGAGGACAAUGAGGCCGGACCUGCAGGCGAGCGAUGGCACAAAACGGUCCUGGAAUACAACCGCCUGCUGGCCAAUUCGGUCAGCAAGGCCCUGAAGGAGACAGACCUGUGCCUUACCCUGGGAGGCGACCACUCUAUAGCGAUCGGUACCGUCAACGGCCACAGUCAGGCUAACCCCGAUCAUCAGGUAGUCGUGCUUUGGGUCGAUGCCCACGCCGACGUCAACCUGGGCAAGACUUCACCUUCGGGAAAUAUGCACGGGAUGCCCGUCUCUUUCCACCUUAGGGAAUUGGCUGAGAAGGUUAACCGGCUGCCGGAUCGGUGGCCGCAACCGUGCAUCUCCGCACAACACAUCAGUUACAUUGGACUGAGGGAUUUGGACCCUGGCGAGGUACGGAUGAUAAAAGACAUGGGCAUCCAAGCAUUCUGGGCCAGUGAUGUCGAACGCGUAGGACUCUCAGCUGUUCUGGGCAUGUGUAUGGAACAUCUGAAGCCCUCGGAGAAACGCCCCCUCCAUAUAUCCUUCGACAUCGAUGCCCUGGAUCCUGUGGAGGCCCCGAGUACAGGAACGCCAGUGCGAGGCGGACUAACUUUACGAGAGGGCUUGAACAUCGUGGAGGUAGCAAGGAACACAGGACACCUCCGCGCCUUCGACAUGGUUGAAGUGAAUCCCGACUUGGGCAACCAGAAUGAUGCCAACCUCACCUCACAGGCUGCUCGCCUCGUCAUCUUAGCUGCCCUGGCUGGAUAUAGGGGUGCCUAGUGCCGUCAUCGCUGGACAGCGAGUGCAUUGGGGGAAGAAAGAGAGAGAGGGGGGGGGGGGCACAGAGAGAGUUUGAAAGGUAGGGAGAAGGAGAGGAAGAGUGAGGGAAAUUGAGGUAGCGAGGGAUGGGAGGUGUGAGAGGGUGAGGGGAGAGAGAGAGAAGAGAUUGAUAUAUAUAUAUAUAUAUAUAUAUAUAUAUAUAUAUAUAUAUAUAUAUAUAUAUAUAUAUAUAUAUAUAUACAAGUAUAUAUAUAUAUAUGAAUAUAUAUGUGUGUGUAUGUAUGUAUAUGUAUAUGUGCAUGUGUGUGUGUGUGUGUAGAGAGAGAGAGAGAGAGAAUUCUUGCAUAUAUUUUGUUCAGCCUACUGUACUUGUAGGCUACAGGAAAAUCACUGAGAUAUAUAUUGUAUUCUGUAAUGUCCCAUUAGUCCCAUUCAUGACCGCAGUCACUUGGUGUUAAAACAAAAUAUUAGU